AUCACAGAGUCAUCGAUAUGGACGCAUCUGUCACCUUCUAAUGCGGAAAUCGGGUGAAAAGUGAAGCUGGCCGAGGCGGAGAGUCCCACUCGGCGGUGUCAGUCAUGGUGUUCGAGUCGUUGGUCAGCGACCUUCUCAAUAGGUUCAUCGGAGACUAUGUGGAGAACUUGGACAAGUCCCAGCUCAAAAUUGGGAUCUGGGGAGGAAAUGUUGUGCUCGAGAACCUGAAAGUGAAGGAAAAUGCGCUGAGUGAAUUUGACGUCCCGUUCAAGGUGAAGGCUGGACAGAUAGGUAAACUGACACUGAAGAUUCCCUGGAAGAACCUCUACAAUGACGCUGUGGUGGCCACACUGGAUGGACUCUACCUGCUCAUUGUUCCCGGAGCCACUGGAUCUCAGCUGAUAACAUGUCCCUUUAAUGCCAUCAAGUACGAUGCCGCCAAGGAGGAACGCUAUCAGCAGGAGGCGAAGCAGCGCGAGCUGCAGCGCAUCGAGGACGCCCUACAGAUGGCAGCCUGCCGAGCGUCGCACACUGGCGAGCUGCUCCUCAGUCUGGAGAGCGUUGUUUAUAAGGAGCCUGUCGAUGUCCCCAAAGGACGUAAAAAAUGCAAAAAGCACAAAAAAGCUUUGAAGAAGCUGAAACAUCACGAGAACAAAUCAGAGAAGCCUCAGGAGGAGAAGAAGGACACGUUCAUGGAGAAGCUGGCUACACAGGUGAUCAAGAACCUGCAGGUGAAGAUCAGCAGCAUCCACCUGCGCUACGAGGAUGAUGUGUCUGACCCACAGCGCCCCCUGUCCAUGGGAGUCACCCUGUCAGAACUCAGCCUGCAGACCACUGAUGAAAACUGGAAGUCAUGUAUCCUCAAUGAAGCAGCAAAAAUGAUCUACAAGCUUGGUCGUCUGGAGUGUCUGUGUGCUUACUGGAACGUCAACAGUCAGAUCUUCUACAGAGGAUCGUGGCAGAACAUUGUGGAUCAGUUGAAGUGCGGGAUCAGCACCAAGGAUCAGGAGCUACCUCACUAUCAACACAUAUUUAAACCCAUCUUUGCAUCAGCUAAAAUGCGCAUCAACCCGAACGCCGAGCAGGAACUGCAAUCUCCAAAAGCCAAGCUGCACCUGGAGGUCCAGAACAUUGCAAUAGAGAUGACCAGACCCCAGUACGUCACCAUGGUAGAGAUGCUGGAGUCCAUCGACCGCAUGGUGAAGAACGCUCCCUACAGGAAGUUCAGGCCUCACACCCCUGUCCACGGCAAUGCUCAAAACUGGUGGCAUUACGCCUUCAACAGUAUCCUGGAGGUCCACAUCCGCCGCUCCAGCCGCAUGUGGUCCUGGUCCAACAUCAGACAGCACCGCGAAAACGUGAGGGCCUACAAGUCAGCCUACAAGACCAAAGUGCUAAGCCAGAACAAGCUCAACCCCGACAUAGAGCGCCACAUUCAGGACCUGGAGAAAGUUCUGGAUGUGUUCAGCAUCACAUUAGCUCGCCAGCAAGCUCAGAUGGAGGUGGUCCGCUCGGGGCAGAAGCUGGGGGGCAAGAAGGCAUCGGGGGGACAGAAGCAGGCAGGAGGGGGCUUCUUCAGCAGCUUCUUCAGCCGCAAGGCCAAGAAGGAGGAGCAGGGUCCUGAGGAGAGCAAGGAGGCUGAGGGUUCAGCUCUGGACGGGCUCAUGACUGCAGAGGAGAAGGAGAAGCUCUACACCGCCAUCGGCUACAGCGGCAGCUCUCACAACCUGUCCUUGCCCAAACAGUACGUCGCUGUGGUGGUCACCUUCCAGCUCUGCAGCACCUCUGUGACAGUCAGAGACCAGCCAGAUGUCCCAGAGAUCCUGAAGGUCCAGAUGAUUGACCUCAGUACCAAAAUCUCUCAGCGCCCUGGAGCUCAGGCCGUCAGGGUGGAGGCGGCCUUGCAGCACUGGUAUGUGACAGGCUUACAGCAGAAGGGGGCGGUGCCCUCGCUCAUCGCCUCAGUGGGUGACUCCGCCUCCUCGCUGCUCAAUUUUACCUUUGAGUUGAACCCCGAGGAGAGCGCCGCCGACCAGCUGCUGAGGGUGGACUCGCAGCCCGUGGAGAUCAUUUAUGAUGCGAUGACGGUCAACAGUUUGGCUGAAUUCUUCAAGAUGGGGAAGGGAGUGGACCUGGAGGUCUUGACCUCUGCUACACUCUCCAAACUGGAGGAGAUCAAAGAAAAAACAGCAACAGGUUUAUCCCACAUCAUUGAGACCCGGAAGGUUCUGGACUUGAGGAUCGACCUGCGCCCGUCCUAUCUGCUGCUGCCCCAGUCAGGCUUCUAUUGCGACACGUCCGAGCUCAUCAUUGUCGACUUUGGCAGCCUUAAAUUUAACAGCGUGGAGCAGAACAUCUCCCAGUCGACCUCGCCAUCCUUUUCGUCUCUUGAGGAGAUCAUGGAUCGAGCGUACGAGCGAUACAACGUAGAGCUGCGAAGAGUCCAAGUACUCUACAGCAAGUCAGGUGAGGCGUGGAAGUCUGCUCGGUUGCAGAGUUCAUCUGUUCAGCACAUCCUUCAGCCGCUUGACUUCACCGUGCAGUUGUCCAAGUGUAUGGUGGACAAUGAUGCCAGGAUGCCCAGGUUCAAGGUUUCAGGCGAGCUGCCGCUCCUGCAUGUGAAGAUCUCGGAUCAGAAGAUCCAAAACGUUAUGGAGCUGGUGGACAGCGUCCCUCUGCCCAACAUGGGUUCCACCCCCUCCACGCCCACUGAGAAGGUGUUGUCGUUAGCAGAAUUGCGACCACGAUCACUCAGCCUUCACCCUGCUCUCCUCAGCACGGCAGAGACAGAUUCCGACGAGGACGCCAGCGAGAAGUCAACCGAUGAUGAGCAUCAGCGCUCAGCUGUGGAGGAACUCACAGACCUUCAGUUCAAGUUUGAGGUCAAAGAGGUGCUGCUGGAGCUGACGCGGCAAGCGGACCAGGAGAAGACGGUGCUGUCGCUGAGUGUCUGUCAGCUCGGAGCUGAGGGGAAGAGGCGGACCUUUGACCUGAGCAUCACAUCCUACCUGCGCAGAGUCACGCUGGACUACUGUGAUGUUCCAGAUGACGGCAGUCCUCUUCACCUGAUCAGCUGCUCCGAGCAGCAGAGUUCUGACCUUCUCAAGGUGGAGUUCAUCAAGGCUGAUCCCAGCGGGCCGAGCUUGGAAAAGCUGUUUAAUAACACGGAGCAAACUCUUAAGGUGGAGUUUUCAUCCCUGGACUUCCUCCUUCACGCUAAAGCUUUGCUAUCAACCAUCAACUUCCUGACCAGUGCUAUGCCGCAACAGCUGCUCUCCGCCCGCAACCCUGAUGCCAAGAAGCAAGUGGAAAAGGGGUGGGGCAGGACAGUGUCCAAGGGAGUUAGAAAUGGUGAUGUGUUCAGCUUCAAGUUGUUCGCCAUGUUGGGAUGUUUCCACGUGGAGAUGUGUGACGACCACUGUCGCAUUGCCGACAUUCGAGUCCAAGGAAUUGAUGCAUCGGUGCUAGUGCAGGCCAAGCAGACGGAGGUGUUCGCCCGACUCCGAGACAUUGUGGUCAGAGACGUCAACCCUCAAAGCAUUCACACUAAGGCGGUGUCCAUCAUGGCUGAGGAGGUGUUCAGCUUCCAACUGUCCUUGUUUCCGGGGGCAACCGAGGGGGACAACUACAGCGACACGUCCAGGGUGGACGGAAAAGUCACCAUGCGUCUGGGCUGCAUUCAGAUUGUCUACCUGCACAAGUUCCUGAUGUCUCUGCUGAUGUUUGUCGACAACUUCCAGACGGCCAAAGAAGCUUUGAGCACCGCCACCGCUCAGGCAGCUGAGAAAGCGGCGUCCAGCGUCCGCGACUUUGCCCAGAAGAGUUUCCGUCUGUCCAUGGACAUCAAACUGAAGGCACCGCUUAUCAUUGUCCCCCAGUCAUCCACGUCCCAGAAUGCUGUGGUGGUGGAUCUGGGUCUCAUCACGGUGUCAAACAGCUUUUCUUUGCUGCCAGCUGAAGGCUUCUCGCUCCCGGCAGUGGUAGACAAGAUGGACAUUAGGCUGACGCAGCUAAAGCUGUCUAGAACCAUGCUGAGCAGAGACUCCUCAAUGCCAGACAUUGAGAUCUUGCAGCCAAUCAACGUUGAGCUCUUUGUCACCAGGAACAUGGCCGCCGCAUGGUACACCAAGAUCCCCGGAGUGCACAUACAAGGAGUCCUGCGGUCCCUGAAGGUGGGUCUGGGAGAGGAAGAUCUCGCUGUGCUGAUGAAGGUCCUGCUAGAGAACAUUGGGGAGGGAAGCAGAGAGCACAAGGUGGACACCAACCUGCGCGGGGCUCAAGAGAACCCAGAGAGUGCAGAGCGGCAGGUGGAGGUGGCGUUGCCACCGGAACAUGGCGACGUGGCUGCCAACGCUAACGGCGCUCUAUUUGAAAACACCGUCAACAUCCUGCUCAACUUUGAAGUCCAAGAGGUGCUGCUGACAGUGAAGAAAAAGAAGCCCAGCGAGCAGAACGAGUCUCCUUUCCUGGUCUUACACCUGGGUCACCUGGGCAUGGACACUAAAGUCAGGAAGUACGACACCUGUGCCACUACCUACAUCAAGAAGAUGCUCCUCACCUGUCUGGAGUUUAAAGACACCAGCGGAGAACCGCUGUGUCUUGUCAACUCAUCGGUGGAGUCUGGAGCUGAGCUGCUCAAAGUGCAGUACUUCAAGGCUGAUCGCUAUGGACCCAACUUCUCUGGCGUGUACAAGAACACGGAGCAGAUGAUCAACGUGACCUUCACCUCUCUCGACUUUAUGCUCCACACCCAAGCUCUCUUGUCUGCCGUCAACUUCCUGUCGGGGGCGCUGUCGUCAGGCAGCGUGGCGUCUGCAGAGAGAACUGUCAGGCUCAAGACGGAAGACAGCAAAAUGACGGCCACCAAGUCGAACGCAUCCAUGUCCCCCGCACACAGUGAGGUCAUCGACCUGAAGGUGAUGGUGACAAUGGGGGCCUUUAACGUCCUGGUGUGUGACCAGAGCAGCAACAUGGUUGACAUCAAGAUUCAAGGUAUGAACGGCUCACUGCUGGUGCAAGGACCACAAACUCACAUGUCUGCACGACUGAAGGACUUCAUCGUCCUCAAUGUGGACCCUGCAAGCAUCCACAAGAAGGCCAUCUCCAUCGUGGGCGACGAGGUGUUCAGUUUCUCCAUGAGUCUGACUCCCAGUGCCACAGAAGGCUCCGGUUACGCAGACAUGUCCAAAACCGAUGGUUGUGUGAAGCUGAACGUGGGUUGCAUCCAGGUGGUCUACCUGCACAAGCUGGUCAUGUCUCUGCUGAACUUCACCAACAACUUCCAGACGGCCAAAGGAGCUCUGAGUGCCGCCACAGCUCAGGCGGCAGAGAGGGCGGCGUCCAACGUUCGGGACUUUGCUCAGAAAAGCUUCCGCCUGUCCUUGGACGUCAAUCUGAAGGCGCCACUCAUCAUCAUCCCCCAGUCAUCCACCUCCCAUGACGCCCUUGUGAUGGACCUGGGUCUCAUCACGGUGGCAAACACCUUCUCCCUCCUGCCUAUUGACGGGUGCCCUCUUCCUGCCGUCAUCGACAACAUGGACGUCCAGCUGACCCAGCUCAAACUAUCCAGGACCUGUUUGGACCAGACUUUGGGUCAACCUUCCAGUGAGCUGCUGGAACCCAUCAACCUGCACUUGAGGGUCAACAGGAACUUGGCGGCAUCCUGGUACAAGAAUAUGGCUGCUGUGGAGGUGGACGGCGACCUUAAACCAAUGAAGUCCAUGUGUCCUCCUCCAAAGGUGGCGCUGAGCCAGGAAGAUCUGAAGGUGCUGCUGAGGAUCCUCACAGAGAACCUUGCAGAGGCCGCCCACCUGGAACCAAGCGGCCCGAAACCAGAAACCAGUCUACCGCUGCGAGCACCUGCAGGUCUUCAGACAGGUGGUGCUGAGAAGCCGCGCGUGGAUGAAGUCAUGGAUGAAACACUGGAAUCCGUGAAGUUUAACUUCAGCAUUGAAUCUCUUGGUCUGGUUCUGUACCGAGAUGAACCCAAACAGUCUUCUGGCCUGCAGCACCAAGAGAACCUCCGUCUGGGAGAGUUUGCCCUCCACCUCUGGAAGGCUUCAGGGAAGAUUCGAAACAAUGGUAGUAUGGAGGUCAGCACGAUCCUGACCAACUGCACUCUGGAUGACCAGAGGAUGGGCAUGGACAGGGUAACCUCAAGGAUGGUCAGCCGGCGAGACUCGGACAGCUCGGAGGUCAUGAUCGAUGUGACGUACCGGCAAGGUGGUGGGGAACGUGAGGUGGUGGCCGUACUGCAGAAACUAUACGUGUGUGCCAGCGUGGAGUUCCUGAUGGCUGUCGCAGAUUUCUUUCUCCAGGCUCUGCCCCAGUUUCCGACUUCCGGUGUCAGCUCAGCGCCAAGCGAUAGGUUGGCCUUGAGACAAGUGGCAGAACCUCGAACUGAAGCGAAGAGUGCGUCCAUGACGAGGACACAUGUUCGUGCAGUGGUGGUGGACCCGGAGGUGGUGUUUGUUGCCAGCCUCAUGAAGGCCGACGCCCCCUCCAUGGUGGUGUCCUUCCAGUGUGACUUCACCUUGCAGGCAGACGAUGACGGUGCCCAGACCAUGAGGGCUAGCUUGAGGGCGCUCAAGGUCCUGGCCUGUCCCUUCAUCCGCAACAAACAGGACAAGGCUGUUACCACGGUGUUGAGACCCUGCUCUGUUGUCCUGGAAACUAAAAGAAAUCCCAGCCAGCCACUUAGCGGCUCAGUGAUGGUGGAGGAGGUCAUUGUCAAGAUCUCACCGUUCAUCCUCAACACAGUCGGCACCAUAACAGCAGCAAUGGCAGCAAGGAAGAGCGGCGAGCAGAGCCAAGACUUGGAGCCGGACGUCAGCACCCUCUGGUCCGUCAGGAACAUCUACGCAUGUAACUACUGGUUCCUGGGGGUGGACCAGGCCACUGAGGUCACAGAGAGCUUCAGAGACCAGGAUGGACUGAACGUGGGCGAGCACUUUGCCGCAGAGGUCAAAGUCAUCCAGAUCACACUGGAAUCUGGUCUGGGUCAUCGUACUGUCCCUCUGCUGCUGGCAGAGUCCUCCUUUAACGGCACGGCACAAAACUGGUCAUCUCUGCUGCAGCUGAAAGCCAACAUGACACUGGAGGUGAAUUACUUUAACGAGGUCCACGCUGUGUGGGAGCCCCUGAUUGAACGAGUCGACAGCGGCACACGUAGAUGGAACCUGGACCUCGAGAUAAAGAGCAAUCCGGUCCAGGACAAGAGUCCGGUACAUGGAGACGACUUUGUCAUCCUCCCCGAACCUCUUACAGCCAUCAAUAUCUGCUCCACCGACACCAUGAACAUCACCAUGACCCAGUGCAGUGUCAACGUCUUCCACAACCUGGCUAAGGCCUUCUCUGAGGGAACCACCUCCACCUUUGACUCCUCUAUGAAGGAGAAGGCGCCAUUCACCGUUCGCAAUGCCCUGGGCAUCCCACUCAUCGUGCAGCACAGCACCAACUUGAGGCCGGUGGGCGUCCCGCAGCAAGGAAAACUGCUGGAGCUGCCGGUGGACCAGAGCAUAGACCUGGAACAUUCAGUGUAUGAACCGUCCUCUCGGGGCAAACUGUCAGCUCUGCAACGUCAGGAGAGCUCCUUGUUCCACUUUACCAUCGUGCCAACGGGAUACAGCGAGAUAGCCAACAUUCCCGUGGACAAGCCAGGCCGCUGCCUGUACAACAUCCGAGGUCCGAUGCUGCAGGAAGCCGUGUCCGUGCUGAUGCAGAUUGAUGCUGCUGAGGGCAACAAAGUCAUCACCAUCCGCUCACCUCUGCAGAUCAAGAAUCACUUCUCCGUGCCCUUCAGCAUCCUCAAGUACUGUCCGACAUCCCGGAGCUUGCAAAGUCUGGGACACGCCCAUCCAGAGAAAGAAUUCCAUAUCCCAUUAGACACUUACAGGUGCCAGCUGUAUGUGCGUCCAGCGGGUCAUCUGGACCGCCAGUACGGGCCAUCCUCUACAUGCGUGGCAUGGAAGGAAGAGGUGCACCGUAGCUCAGAGGUGCGUGCACUGCUGCAGUGUCCGGCAGCCGACAGCGGCAUGCUGCCACUCAUGGUCAGCACCCUGGCAACACCUGACGUCCUGCGCCACAUCGCCAAUCACGGGGAGGAGGACUGGGACCCCGCCUACGUCAUCCACCUCCACCCGGUGGCUACUCUGCGAAACCUGCUGCCAUACACGGUCCGCUACAUGAUGGAGAAUUCUGCAGAUUCCUACGAACUCCUGGAAGGCAGUACAUCGGACCUACUCAACGCUCGUGUGGCGGGAGAGAUCAUGUCACUGGUUCUGAUGAGGUACCAGGGCCACGACUGGCACGGACACAUCCGCGUGGAACAAAGCAUGCCGGAAUUUUUUGCUGUGUGCCUCACAUGUGACAAAGACACCAACAUGGCGGUGGAUGUGAGUGUGCACGUGUCGCGCACACCAAGCCGCCUGUUGCUGUCCCUCUUCAGUCCAUUCUGGAUCAUCAACAAGACGUCUCGGGUUCUGCAGUACCGAGCGGAUGAGAUCUCGGUCAAGCACCCGGCUGACUUCCGAGACAUCAUCCUGUUCUCAUUUAGGAGGAAGAACCUUCUCAGCAAGAACAAGCUGCAGUUGUGCGUCUCCACCAGCUCGUGGUCCGAUGGAUUCUCUCUGGACACGGUGGGAAGUUAUGGCUGUGUCCGCUGUCCUGCCAACAACAUGGACUUCCUGGUGGGCGUUAGCAUCCAGAUGAGUAGUUUCAACCUGACCAAGAUUGUUACCAUGAGUCCCUUCUACACCCUGGUCAACAAGUCAUCCUAUGAGCUGGAGGUGGGAGAGGUCACCAGCCCCACGACCGCCAGGUGGCACUAUAUCUCGUCCACUGAGUGCCUCCCUCUUUGGCCCGAUAAGAGCACAGGGAAGCUGUGUGUGCGUGUGGUUGGAUCCGAGUCCGCCUCCAAGUUCUUCUUCUUUAAUCGGCAAGACAACGGCACGCUGUUGAGUCUUGACAUGUGUGGCGGGAUCAUCAUGGAUGUCAACAUCUCCGACCAUUCCACGGUCAUCAGCUUCAGUGAUUACUACGAAGGAGCGGCGCCCGCCCUGCUGGUCAACCACACGCCAUGGGUCAACCUCAGCUACAGACAGAGUGGUUCUAGUGUGGUCCAUCAGCUGAAACCCGGUGAGGCUCGUCGUUUUGUGUGGGAUGAUCCUGCAGGGCUUCGAACCCUCAGCUGGAGCUGCAUGGAACAUUCUGGAGACACCGACCUUCUCAAGGACGAGGUGGGUCAGUUCUCCUACGACAGCCUGUCACAGAUCCACUGGGUGUCCUUCUUGGAUGGACGCCAGCGGGUGCUGCUCUUCACCGAAGAUGUCGCCGUGGUGACCAAAGCUCGACAAGCAGAAGAACUGGAGCAAUUCCAACAGGAAGUCAAAGUGUCGCUCCAAAAUCUUGGUCUGUCCCUGGUCAACAACGCCAGCCGACAGGAGGUCGCCUACAUCGGCAUUCCCAGUUCAGGUGUGGUGUGGGAGAUGAAGAGGAAGAAUCGUUGGAAGGCUUUCAGUCAGAAGAACAUCAACUUAUUGGAGAAAGCCUACCAGAAUCAACUGAGUGGGAAGUCGGAAGGUGGCUGGGUCAAAGUAGAUGCUAACCUGGAGGUGAACCUCAGUGGAGCCAUCAUGAUGAUGCGACAGCCCUUUUCCUGCCCGGUGAGGAGAAACUUCCUGGCUGGGAUUCAGGUUGAGUUCAAACGGUCUCAGCACCAACGUAGCCUCAGGGCCCAACUACAUUGGCUGCAGGUGGACAACCAGCUUCCCGGUGCCAUCUUCCCCAUUGUCUUCCACCCGGUUCCUCCCCCAAAGUCCAUUGCUUUGGAUUCAGAGCCGAAGCCUUUCAUCGACGUGUCCGUCAUCACACGCUUCAACCAGCACAGCAGUGUCAUGCAGUUCAAGUACUUCAUGGCUCUGGUCCAGGAGAUGGCGGUGAAGAUUGACCAGGGGUUCCUGUCAGCCGUCUUGGCUCUGUUCACGCCUGCUGCUGACCCUCAGGCGGAAGGACAGAAGACUCGGCUGAUCAAAAAAGAUGUGGAGCUGCUGCAGGCUGAACUGAUGGAAAGUUCUCUGAGCGACACGUCCGGACUGAACUUCUUUGAACACUUCCAUAUCUCCCCCAUCAAGCUCCACCUCAGUUUGUCUCUGGGGUCAAGUGGUGAUGACUCAGCUCAGGACGCGGCCGCUGUUCAAUCCCUAAACCUGCUCUUGAAAAGCAUUGGAGCCACGCUGACGGAUGUGGACGACCUCAUCUUCAAGCUGGCCUUCUUCGAGGUCAAGUACCAGUUUUACCGCAGAGAGAAGUUGAUGUGGGCUGCAGUGCGGCACUACAGUGAGCAGUUCCUCAAGCAGAUGUAUGUUCUGGUUCUGGGUCUUGAUGUCCUGGGAAACCCAUUUGGACUGAUCCGAGGUCUGUCUGAGGGUGUGGAAGCCUUCUUUUAUGAGCCUUUUCAGGGGGCGGUCCAAGGUCCUGAAGAGUUUGCCGAAGGUUUUGUGAUUGGUGUCCGCAGCCUGCUGGGUCACACCGUUGGUGGCGCUGCAGGUGUGGUGUCCAGGAUCACAGGCUCAGUGGGCAAAGGUCUGGCAGCCAUCACCAUGGACAAAGAGUACCAGCAGAAGCGACGCGAGGAGAUGAAUCGCCCCCCAAAAGACUUUGGCGAGAGUCUGGCUAAAGGCGGGAAAGGCCUGCUGAAGGGCGUUGUGAGUGGAGUCACGGGCAUCGUCACCAAACCUGUGGAGGGGGCCAAAAAGGAAGGCACAGCUGGUUUCUUCAAAGGCAUCGGGAAGGGUUUGGUGGGCGUGGUGGCCCGUCCCACAGGCAGCAUCGUGGACAUGGCCAGCAGCACCUUCCAGGGCAUCCAGAGAGUGGCCGAGUCCACAGAGGAAGUGACCAAACUUCGUCCAGUUCGCCUGAUCAGAGAGGAUGGAAUCAUUCGACCUUAUGACGUCACAGAGUCACAAGGCUUUGACCUUUUUCAGCGCUCUGAGAUCAAGCAGCUGGAAGGAGAAGUUUUCCGAGAUCAUUGUCCAUAUCCUGGACACAGAAAGACCAACAUCAUUGUCACCAACAGGAGGGUUGUGUGUGUCAAGGAGAUCGACUUUGUGGGUCACUUCAACAAAGACUGGGAAUGUUUGUUUGACAACUUCUACGCUCCUCCCACUGUCCUUGGAACGCAACUCAACAUCUACUGCAAGGAGCAACACAAGUUGAAACUUCCCAAAAAAGACGUUCACGAUUCCGUGCGCAUCGUUCAGCUGAGAGACGCAAAUACAGCACAGAGGAUGAUGGCGGCCAUAACUGAUGCUCAUGUGGCACAUCAACAACGCCGCAUGAGCAGACAGAAGUCACAACGCUUCCUGAAACCAACCAGCAAGCCCUGAGUCCUCUUCCUGUCUGCAGCCAGACUUCCUGUUUUCAAGUACAC